UAGUAGUCAGGUUGAAAUUUGCAGAUUGUUUGUGUUGGGAGUAGAGCAGAGCAAGGAUGUAGCUUCUUGUUUUUUACUGACUGGUGCCAGUUACAGAGAAUCUGUCCCUUGGCAGCCUAGUGUGGUUUUGCUGUUCCUGUACUAGCAGACAGCUGCCUCAAAUGGGAUUGGAAUGGGAUUUGCAUUUCCAUAGGGUCUCAGUCUGAUUUGCAUUCUCAAAAGGCAGCAACAGACCUGAAAGAAGUGCGGAGAAUAGUCUGAUAUGCCCAGCUUCAGCUAUGGGCAGAAACUUUGUUCGUAUAAAUUAAAGUUGUACAUUGAGGAUAAAAUCUGAAUAGUUUAAUGGACUCGUAAAGACUUCCAAAAGAAGCUGGAGGGCGAAAAGAAAAUGGAGACAGAGGCAGUUUCUAAUCUUCGUCGCCAACUGAAGGAAGCAGAAGAUGAGCGGAGAAAGGCAGCACAAUAUGGCUUGCAUAUACUGGAGCAACAAAAUGAGAUGCAGAAUCAGUUAGAUCAGCUACGGAGUGAAUUGAGCACCAAAACUGAGAAAUUUGAACAAGACAAGUAUUCACUUCAGAGAGAAGUUGAGCUCAAGAAUAGAAUGUUGGAAAGCUUGAGCUUUGAAUGUGAUGCUCUUAAGCAGCAACAAAAUAUGCAACUGGACAAACAGCGAGAACAAUUUGAAAGAAUCCAUGGACAAGAAAUCAGACAACUUAAAAACAAGUUGGAGAAGCUGAAAGCAGACCUAGAUGAAACCCGACUAAGUGAGAAACAACUAAAGCACAAAGUGGAACAUCAAAAGGCAGUCAUUAAUGCCAAAUCAGAAGAAUUGCACAUGAUGUCUGAACGUGUACAUGAAACGAUGUCUUCAGAAGUGUUAAAUCUCCAGAUUGAACUAACUGAACUUGAAAGUGUGAAGGCCAGUGUUGAAGAGAAGAUGAAUGAAUUGCAAUACAGCAAAGAGCAACUAGAACUUGCAAACAGCAACCUACACAACCAGUUGGAACACCUUCAGGGAGAAAAAGAAGAGAGAGAAAAAGAAAUAGUUUCUUACUGCAAUGCAUUAGAGAAAGCUCGUGAAGCUAACCAGGCACUCCAAGGUCAGCUGGAUCAUGCACUGCUUCAGGCUUUGGACCCUACCAGUAAAGGCAAUUCUCUGUUUGCAGAGGUGGAGGACCGUAGGGCAGAAAUGGAACGUCAGCUGAUCAGUGUGAAAGUAAAAUAUCAAUCACUACAAAAACAGCAUGCAUUCACUAGAGAACAAUUGCAAAGAAUGAAGCUACAAAUGGCUACGCUGCUGCAGAUGAAAGGUUCUCAGGCAGAACUUGAGCAGCUAGAACGUUUGCAGUCAAUGUUAGAACAAAAGAAUGGUGAAAUAGAAGAUCUUCUAAUGAAAGUGAGGCAACUGGAGAAAUUUAAGAAUUUAUAUGAGAACAUGGAAGAAUCAAAACCUUCUAGUAGCAGUUCAAGAGGUGGAGAAUUUGGAGAUGGCUAUUAUACAGAUCUGCUUCAAAUGAAACUUGAGAACUCCAAUAAGGAGACCGAAACUUUGAGAAACGAACUAUCCUUACAGAGGAUGAAAGCUUUGUAUGAGAGCCAGAGGGUUCUGGAGGUAGAAAGGAAGCUUUUUGCCAAUGAGAGGCACCUGCAGGUUUGCCAAAGUGAGAACAUGAACUUGCGAGUUAUGCUGGAUGAGCUGAAAAUGAAGUAUGAACCUGAAGAAUUAAUUAAAAUCCCUAAAAGCAUAAAAAGGAGGGAGAAGAUUCCAGUGGACAUGACUGCUGAACCUGUAGAUAGCAAAAAUGCUACAGUAGAGGAAACGACUCACUUUUCAUCUCAAAAUAAGGAAGAAAGAAAGAUAUGUUCCAAGAACUUGGAGCCAAGUGAUGCCCCUCAAAGAAAAUAUGUACUUGUGCCAGCGCCAACGAACUUCACGCCUCUUCCAGCAAUACAGCUAAAGGCUGAACCUGAGAAGGACAGGAAAAGAGUUAAAAUCAAAGAAGAUAACACCAAAGGUUCAAGUGAAAGAAAUGGAAAUAACUCUCUAACUCCAGUUGCCUCCAGGUCAGUGUCAUCUUGUGUGUAUGCUUAUGGCAAUCAGCGCAGACCUGCAUCUGUUUUUUUUCGCUGCAUGAACUAUGCUAUCCACUUCUUUAUCUAUUUUCUCAGUGUUGCAUGCAGUGUAAUUCCUCAGUUCCGGCUGCCUACACUCAACUUUUCAAAAUCCUUUAAAAAGGCUAAAAUGAUUGCUAAUGAAAGUGACUCUUAGAAUCAUGAACCUGGAUCUUGGGAAAAACUGAUAUUUAAGGUUUACUGUUGUUCAAAAUAUCAGUGUUUUGAUUUGUAUAUCUUUAACUUAACCAUGAUAAAUCAAACUUCAUUUGCAGAGGCUUCAAUAUGAGGCUUCUUUUCGUGGUCUGUUUGAGGCUGCCAUACAAAACUGACCUUGGCAGGGUUUAGGGAUUGCAUUCCAGGAGUCGUUUGAAAACUCAAGACUUAAAAUAAUACAUAACCUAAAAUUUGCACUUCACUAAAAAAUGAUUACCAGUAGCUUUCAAAUGACUUUUUAUUAUUCAAGAUCAUGUUUUAAUGGAUUAUGUAAUAACUUUUUGUUUUGAAAACUAAUAUUUGUCAAAGUUACUAAAACUUUCACCGUUUUAUUCAAAAUUUAAGUAAUGAUUGAUAGAGACCUAGCACUGUGUACAGAGGUCCAACGAUUUUGUCUUUGUAAAAGGAAUGCUACUUUCUGUUUUCUGUUCAAGUUAAUAUUCUCAUGUGGGAGCAUGUGUGGGUACACAGAAAUCAUGUGAAGGCUAAUAUUACUCCUUUGAGCUCUAAUGACAGGACAGAAAGUUUAUGUAAGUAAAACUAGAGAGAGCCAGCAUUUUCUGAUAUUUCAGGUCAGGCUCUGCACACAAUAGAGUGUAGCUAUGUUGAGAAAAUUGCUGAGUGAAACCAUUCUGGAAGGAGGGUGGAAUAGAAUGUUGAGUGGGGGAAAAAAAGCUAAAUUUCCUUUAAAAAGUGUUCAUUUUCCAUGAGGUGUCCAGCUGCCUUACUGCUUUUCUCUUUACCAUGUUCUUGCCUCAGUCUUUCAACUUAGUAUUGCAUAUAGCUCCCCGUGGGGCAAGCUAGUUUGCCAGAAAAUAAUUGCUGCAGGAAUGUGAGCCACUCCCUUUAAUGCUGACUCUGUCUCCUUUAUAGUCCCCCUCAGAAACUUCCCUUUUUUCCCCUCCUCUCUUGUUUCUGAAAUAUUUUUUUCUUAAGCUUCUAUUUAGCAUUGUUCAUGGUACAGCAUAAUGCUUUAUAUUGGAACCAUAUAUACUACAAUCAAACAUAAUACAAACUGUUUCCAAAGCAUAUGGAAAUUAGAUACAGAACUAUGCUGAAUGAAUGUUAACGGUUGUGAGGUCAAAGUUAGGAAAUGCUAGAAGUAAAGAUUCCUGUGCAACCUCUUUAUUGCUUCCUUGUAUGGAUAUAAUUAGAGACAAUUAAAAUGGUGCGAUCACAAUAUUUUUUUGCAAAACUCAAGUCUCAUUCACUGCACUUCAUAACUACCCUGUUUUAUAUUUACACUAUUUAGAGAAGCUUUAAAAUAUAAAUUCAGAGAAGAUCUGAUGAAUAAUAGGAGGAUACACUGAGAAAGCACAAUGGGUUGUAAGAUUGCAACAUCACUGGGUUGGAAGAACUUGCUGGUUCCAUUUUAAUUAGUAGGUUACAUGGACUGGGGGUAGUAAGGCUUUGCAUGAUGAAGAGGCUGUAGCUUGGGAAGUGGGAUUACUGGAGGUAUUACAUAUAUGCAGAAGCAUGGAAAAGGGCUUGGGUGAGAAGAAAAUCAAGGCAGCCUCAAGUCUGUCAUGAGAAGAACAGAGGGGAAUAUGGCAAGACAAAAUCAGAUAUUGGUCAGGGAAGAGAAGAGGGACAUAAAUGCUAGAAGAUGAUGCUUAGUAUUGGCAUUAGUUACUAGAGUACCUUUUUAAUGGGUGACAGUGGGCUUACUAACAAACUAAAUUAUGACAAGUGUCUGUUUCAACGCAUGUGGAAAAGGUCGCAAAGGUUCAUUUAAGUGCACGUACAACUUGUAAGAAAUAUAAGGAACGCAAAGGUAGUUAUUGGAUUCUCCUUCUGGCGUGUGUCGUAUAAUUCAGAUAUUGAAUGUUUUGGUUUGGGGGGCACAAUUUGUGAGCUUCCAAUGUAGUUAGAGUAGAAUCUCUCCCCUCCCAAACAGUCUUAUGAGCUUAUUGUCCAACUGAUUUUAAGUAAUUUAGUCACGAAUACUGACUCCCACAUCCCUUAUCUAGGAGAAAGGUGAGGAGGAAUGAGCAGGAAUGUCAAAAAUUGGGAAGGCCUGAGAGGGCCAAAUUGGUUAUAAUGGUUUUUGGAGUUUCGGGCCUCCGUUGGGGCCAUCUUGCCUUAUCUAGAAGGGAAGGAAGCACUUAAAGCUGGAUGUGAAAGAGGUGCCCAGGUAUGACUAACUGAUGAAGCAACAUCAGCAGGCUUUGGAGAAAGUAACAUUAAUAGUUCAUGGGUUAAUGGAAGGCUGUUAAAAUGUGUAGCAUUUCUGAGAGUGAAAAGGUGGAUUAGAGAAGUCAGCUGUGGGUUUGAAGGGAGGAGGAAGCCAAGGAGGAAACUGUGUCUGACAAAUGGAGGGUUUGGGGAGUAAAGGAGGGUGGUGGGUGAAUGAAGACUAAAUAAAAUCAAGCAAAAUUUUUAAUUUAUGGGAAUAAUUUUUAUUUCUCCUGCACCAUUUUAUGUUGGCCUAGAUAGCACAUAGAUAUAGAAAAGAAAAAUCAAAACUCUAAGGGCUUUUGGUCUCUAUAGAAAUGUUGGUUUGUUCUCCUUGGUUUUCUUUUCCCAGGAAGAGGAAAGUGUUCUGACUCAACUAUUCUAAUUUCAUUUAACUCUUCCUUUUGGAUUAUCCUGAUUGUGCCCCCUGCACCCCUAGUGCAGACUCAUUAGAGAACAGCAAGGCUUUCAUUCCUGUUUGGCAAAGUUCUAUAAGCCUGUUUAGCUCCAUUGAAGCCUGUUUAGAUCAUGAUCCCCAGAGGGAAGAGCAACUGCUUUACUCAGUGUCCAUUCUUUGAAAUUUGUGAUGUUCCAUCUUGAAGUUUAAAUUAACUCUUUUCCUGAAAUAUCUUUCUGUGUAGGAACCAGAUUGCAUGCUAUUUGGCAAUACACAGUCCUUCAUUCUCUGAUUAGUUAUCACUCCUCAGCUCUCUUCCAUAAACUUGUUGUUUCUUUCACGAUAUACUAUAAUGGAGAUUGGCAGAAGAAAUAAUGUGAAGGAGAAAGGAAGUUUACUUAGCAAUAACCAGAGUUGAGUUCACUUAAUGUACCCAAUAGAUACUUGCUGUACCAUCCUCCUUUUACUUCAUUAGGGUGGAGAAGCACAGAUGAUGGUUAGGUAGAGAGGGUUUGUAUAUCUGACUUGACAGUUGCCUUUCUGUCAGUUGGCUUAAUAUAUUUUGGUUUAGGUGAAAAGCUUAAUUACCUGAUAAGGUAGGUAGGGGUGUGUGUGUGUGUGUAAGUAAUACCUCAGUCAGACAAGAUGCAAGAUGAUGUUUGCUUCAAGGUAGAAAUAGUCUUAACAGAACUCUUGAUUUGGGUAAUUGGUACAGUAACAUGUUGCAGCUUGAAACUUGCAGACAUAUGUGGUGAUUUAUUAUUAGGGCUCUACCAAAUUCACAGCCAUGAAAAAGUGUCAAGGACCGUGAAAUCUGGUCUUCCCCUACCAUAAAGUCUGGUCUCUUUUUUGUGCUUUUACUCUGUGCAGAUUUCACAGGGGAGACUAGUGUUUCUCAAAUUGGGGGUCCUGACCCAUAAGGGAGUUGCAUGAGGGUCACAAGGUUAUUUUAGGGGGGUUGCAGUAUUGCCAGUGUAGAAACCACUGGUUAAAUAUCAUUAUCAAGAGAUAAUGAGCAGAGUAGCACACUUUCAAAUCUCUGUCAGAGGGGCUCUUUUCUUGUACACUUUAAACUGCCUAAGGGACUUACAGGUAGUGGUCCAGAGGGCAUCAAGGGAAGGACGGGUGGGGGAGCCAUCAAGCAGAGGGAGCACUAGCAAGAAGAUACUUGGCAAACAAAGCUCCAAGUGCUACAGGAACAUAAUUGCUUUUUUAGAGGAAGCUCAUCAAUCUCGCUGGACAACAGACUCCUUACCAACCAUGAAGUUUGCAAGAUGGUUCUUAGAGUAUAUGUUGCUAUGAGUGCAUCCACCUCGGUACCAUAGUACGUGCAUACGCCUGUGCGCUCUUGAUUGGAGACUGGAAAGUAGUGUUUAUGGGCCUGUGCCUGCAUAGAACAACAUCUUGUGGUCCAAAUAAGAAGAUAUCGGCAGGCACAAGCCAGCCACCACUCAAUUCCUGCUCAGCCGCCUACAGUUUGAGAGAAAGUCUUUGCUGUUAGCUGUUUCAGCUUCUUGCCUUUUUCACCUUUUGGAAGUCUUUAUUCAUUAUUGUUUGUUUCCCAGUUAUUUACUCAGUUCUUUUUUUGUGUGCUUCUGAAGAGGGAUUUUUCCUCUCAUACUUCUGGACCUUUGUGCCAGAGCAUAAUUUAUGCCUAACACACCUGUGUUUAAGUCCUACCACAGGUCUUUCCCCUGCAGUGAUGGACAUUUAAAGUAGCCUGUGGUGUUUGAGGGACUCCCAUAUCCCCUCAAAAUUCAAGGUCUGUCUGGGAUGUAAGGGUAGGUCCAAAAAAGACGGGGAGGCUAGACUAAAAGUCCUCCUAAUGGAAUGCUCUCCUUCCCCGUUACAUUGACCUAAAAAUUGCAGGCUGCUUUUGUCACUGGUCCAGCUUUGUCUGUGACCACGGACCUGAAGACCUCAUAGAAGAAGCAGCACAUAUCCCUAAUCUUGGUGCUGCAGGUGAGCCCACAAAUAACUGGCAAAUAACAAGGCAGAGCAAGAUCCCAGUCCUUACGUGCAGAGUUGCUGUGAUUCUAGAACUGGUGUAUUUCCUGUCGAGUAGACUUAUAAGUGGUCUAUCUAUCUGUCCUUCAGAUUACGAUCACUGACUCCCUGAGCAGACACUACUGGCAAGACCACAAAUGACAGCUCAAAGAUGGUCAUUUGCAGCAUCUGCCAGACCUGAGGUCUACCACAAAUAGAUCUCUUUGCCACCCUGAAUGACUCCAAAAGUCACCUGUUUUGCUCUGGGGGAGAUGCGCUGAUAACUCCAUAGCCUCAUGCCCUGCUUUUAUACUUAACUGCCGAGACAGUCCUCAAGACUGUUUUCAAACUAUGCACGGAAAGAGAGAGCUAUUCUCAUAGCACCAGCCUGGCCAAGAUAGAUGUGGCACUUAAACCUCAUCCAUUUUUAGGAGGUGGCACCCUUAUGACUUCCUACCACAGAGGACCUAUUGACACAGAACUCGGGGUCCUUUAUCCACUCCAGCCCUUUCUCUCUGAUUCUCAACGCAUGGCUCAUGAAUGACUCUUGACCAUGGAAUUGACCUGUUUGGAGGCAGUUCAGUCAGUUCUUUUGGCCAGUAGAAAACUCUGUACCUGCAAGACUUACCUCCAGAAGUGGAAAGGCUUUCAUUCUUGGUACAGUUCCAUUUUUCCAAGACUUAGAACUUCUGCUUACCAAGAUACUGGAAUUAAAUGUGAGAGGUCUGUCAAUAAGCUCUAUAUUUCUAUAUUAGGCUUCUGCACAGCUUCCCACUCCUCUAUCUAGGGGUUCUUUGUUUUUGCCCACCUUGCCACAGCUAAAUUUUUGAAAAGUCUAUACAAUUGUAUCCUCCUAUCUGUGACCCAGCCCCCAGCAGGACCACAACCUGGUUCUUAAUGCUUUAAGGAGAGUCUUCUUCGAGCUGAUUGACCAUGCUCUCCUCCACUUCUCCUUUUAAAACUUCACUUCUGGUCACCAGUACUUGAGCAAGAAGAAUGGGAGAGCUGAGGGAACUUAUGGCCAAACCACCAUAUACCACCUUUUAUAAGGGCAUGGCUGUAUUAGGCCCCCAUCCCUCUCCUCCCAUCCCCCCCAAAGAUCUCAUUAGCAUAUCACAUUAACCAAGGGAUUACCUUCCUGUAUUCAAGCCAAAAUCUGAUACCUCAGAGAGGAAUCGAGCCUUCAUUCACCGGAUGUUAGACAGUCCCUUGUCGUCUAUUUAGACAGGACUACAUUUUAAGCUAUUUGUAUCUUCUUCUUCUUUGAGGAGUGUCCCUGUGGGUGCUCCACUUUGGGAGUCUUGAUGCUUGUAAUCAGAGAUUUGUGGUACGAGUGCCCGGUUGGGCCGUGCACGUGCCAUUGCCGUCUUGCGCUGCUCUGAGUGGGUACAUAGCGGUGUGCAGCCCCAACCAUCGCUCAGUUCCUUCUCUACCACCUUUGGCUUGAGUUGGAGCAAUCAGCAGCGCCUUCUCUUUCUUGUAGAUAAGAUUAGCAUUAGAUAGUUUUAUAGUUUUAGUGGUAGGAUAAGUAAUAGUUAGAUAUCCCUUACCUCAUUUAUUUUACCAAAAUUUUUUUUCCCUUCUUUUCUCUGUAUUUAGCCUCUGUAGGAAGAUAGGUUUAGGCUCCCAUACACUGUCUGUCCCUUACUGCAUUUUGGAGACAGACUUAUCUGGCAUGCCUGGAUCACUAGCUUUCAAACUGUCUGACUUGCAGACUUUCUAUCCCGGUAUCUGACGAACAUGCACAGUGCAUCCAGUGUCUUGGCGAAACCCAAAUUUCUCAAAAGCAUCCACAUUGCUGAAACCUCACAGCCAGAACCAGGAAGGCAAGGGAUCUCCAACUGAAAUUGCUCAUGAUGGAGACCUCUGACCUUGAGUCUCAGACACCUCUGGGCCAACAGUCUCCAUCAGCAGCAUCUGACAGAGGACCUGCUCCUACCUUCCCUCACCAGGAGCAUUUACCUAAAAAGGCCACAAAAAAGAGGGCUCAGACUUCUACUCAGAGGGAAUCUGCUAAGAAGCAGCGAUCCCCACCUGCCAAGUCCAUCUCGAACCAAUCGCAUCAAGUGCAUCGGACUCAGAGACCCUGGGUCCUUCCGGCAGUGGGAGUUCUCAUAGAUCAAAGGACCCAAAGUGGGCAAGCUCUAACAGCGCCUCAGAGGGCACAACAAAGCCCUCCACGUCACCACCCACGGAACCUGUGGUGCCUGCACAGCUCAGCCUAAAACCUUCCGCACCGGUGCCUGUAAUGCGUAUGGCUGCACUGCCAGCAACGCUGACAUCAGCGCUGAUGCUGUUGGUACCGCACCAGUUCUUAUGACAUGCGGAUCUGCGGGAAUCCUCAACCCCUGAAUUGCCGCUCCUCAGUACUGACAGCACUCCAGCCUGGUCGGUACCAAGUCCACUGACGACUUCACGUUGCUUAGCUCCGCCUCUUUAAAGCGACGAGGAUGAGGAAGACAGAAAAGUGUUUACACGCCUCAUCACUCCUCACCCAAACUGGGGCCAUCCCACCAAUCAAAUUACCCUUAAGCUGCAUGCUCUUGGUCUGGGCACACAUGGACUCUGCCUCCCAACAUCGCAGACGUCCUAUCCCAUCAAGACCCACAGCUCCGCAGUCGUCACCACCAUCUCUCCCACCACCUUUGGACACGCAUGAGAGAAGGGCAGAGGAAACAGAGGAAUUCUCAGAUCAGGAAGCCCUACCACUGGCUAACCUGUCAUCUUUGUCACCUGAUGAAACAAUAAUGCUCCUACCACAGGGACGACUUCAAGCUGUUCCAGGACCUUUUUAAGAGGGUAGCAGAAUCCCUGGACAUAUCUCAGGAGGAGCUACCAGAGUCACAGUACAAUCUGUUGGAUAUAUUCCAGAUAUCCACUUCCAAGAUUGUAUUGCCAAUCAAUGAUGCUAUUAUGUAGCCUGCCAAACUAUCUGGCAGAUGCCCAAAAUAGCACCACCUUCUUGCAAAAGAUCUGAUAAGAAAUACUAUGUUCCAUCCAAAGAUGUUGAAUUCCUUUUUACACACCCCACACCAAAUUCCUUGGUAGUGAAAUCUGUUUAUGUAAGGCAGAAACAGCACCAAGCCAGAACAACUCCUUACGACAAGAACUGAAAGAGGCUAGACCUCUUCGGUCGCAAAGCAUAUUCGUCUGGCAUACAACAGUUCUGCAUAGCGAACUAUGCAUCUUUACUACCCAAGUACACUCUCUGUCUUUUCAAAGAUAUCUGAACCUAUUGACCAUUUUCCAGAUGAAAGAACAGUUCAAAGUCAACAUUGCAGAAGGCCACCUCAUCGCCAGGCCUCCCUGGACUCGGCAGACAUGGCUGCACAAUACAUAGCAAUGUGUGUGGUCAUGCGCCAUGCAUCUUGGUUACAGCUUUCCAAGGGAAUUCCAUUCGACAGUGGAGGAUCUGUCCUUUUAAGGCCCAAAGUUGUUUGCGACCAAAACAGAUGAGUCCCUUCACACUCUCAAGGCUCAAGGGCAACCUUAAAAUCUCUGGGCAUCUAUACACCUGCAAAAAAAAAAAUAGGGCAGGUAUUAUACACAGAGAUUCUGCUUAACGCUGUAUUGGCAAUGCCACAGGCAAUAUGACUAACUGCAUAGACAAAGAUGUCAGCAAAACCAAGAUCAACCCUCGACGUCUCAGCAGUCCACUCCAGACAGCAGUUUUCAAGGUGUGAUCCAGGGCACGAGACCACCAUGCUCUCUAACUCUGGAAACAGAAACGGUCUCCUAUCAGUUCGGAGAUUGCUUGUCACCAUUUUACCAAGUGUGAAAACUGUCACAACAGACAGAUGGGUUUUAGAAAUUUAUCCAAAAGGGUUACUCCAUCCCCUUUACUUCUAUUCCACCUACCUCUCCCCCCACCCACCUUCCCUAUCCCUCUUCAGAAACUCAUCUCACGAGCACCUGCUGCAACAGGAAAUAAAUCCCCUCAUACAACUCGAUGUCGAGGAACCCGUACCAAUGCAACACGGGGUGGGAGAGGGGGGUGGUUGCGUUAUUUUCUAAUACAGAAAAAAAUCUGGUGGGUGGAGACCCAUCCUGGAUCUACAGAAACUCAACAAAUUUGUAAGAACACAAUGUUUCAAAAUAGUGUCAUUAUCUACAAUAAUUCCAGUAUUAGAGAAGGGAGAUUGGCUCUCAACCUGCAGGACUCAUAUUACCAUCAACCCGUCACACAGAAGAUUCCUGAGGUUCACCCUAGGGAAACAUUUCCAAUACAAAGUACGACCCUUCGGCCUGUCCACCAUUCCGAGGGUUUUCUCCAAAGUUCUAGCUGUCGUGGCGGCAUACCUCCUCAGAUACUGAGUAAUGAUAUUUUCAUAUUUGGACGACUGCCUCAUAAGGGCACCAACGCAGCAAGAAGUAAUAAACGCCAUGCACAGUACGAUAACCCUUUUCACGAGCCUAGGAUUACAAAUAAACGCACAAAAGUCCACACUCAUUCCUGUCCAGAAUCUGGAAUUUGUAGGAGCCUGUCUCGACUGUUUAACAGCAACACUACUUCAACAAUGCUUCCUCACAGCAGUCAAUUUAAUUUUGGCGGUGAUGGACAGCCCACAAACAGCCGCCAGAAUGUCUCUACAGCUCUUGGGGCAUAUGUCAGCAACGACAUCUGUUGUCAAACACGCCAGACUUCACAUGAGAUGCCUGCAGGCCUGGCUUCGAACAAUGGACAUACUGCAGAGGCACUCUCUAAACAGACGCCACACUGGGUAAGAGACUCCCCAAAAUGGUGAACAUAACCAAAGAACGUCUGUAUGGGAGAUCCAUCUGAAAUCUAUGCAAUCACUUUCUACCUCUAAAUACACAGCCAUCAGGAUCCUCACGGACAAUAUAGCAUGCAUGUUUUACAUAAACCGCCAAGGGGGAGCACAGAGACAAUACAACUUGGGAAUUGAUGCAUCAGCAACCACAUCAAUAUAUCAGCAUCCUACCAUCCGGGAUUUCAGAACACAACAGCGGAUGCCCUAAGCAGAGUUCUCACAAACCCAUGAAUGGGAGAUGGAUCCUGGAAUUCUAUGUGCCAUAUUCGAACUAUGGGGAUUUCCCACCAUAGAGCUCUUUGCAACAGCACAGAAUACCGCACACUAUUGCUCCAGAGCAGGAUUGGGACACCACUCCCUAGCUGAUUCUCUCCUUAUCUAAUGGGAUGCGCCGCUGAUGUAUGCAUUCCCUCCGACCCCACUCCUAAACCGGGUCACUCACAAGACCAAGAAGGACAAAUCCAGAGUCAUUCUGAUAGCUCCUACAUGACCCAGACAAACGUGGUUUCCAUAUCUCCUUCAGAUGGCAGUUUGACCCCACCUCAAACCCUUCCCCUAGUACCUCAUCUUCUAUCACAAUAUGCAGGACAUGUCCGCCACUACACCUCACGGCCUGGUUACUCCAUAGCUGACUGUGGUCGAGGAGGCCUGUUCAGAUUAAGUAAAAGAUAUACUACUGAACAGUUGGAGAGCAAGUACAAGAAAGACCAAUAUCCAUAAGUGGAAAUGAUUCAGCGUUUGGUGUCAAGAUAAACAGAUCUUACCAACAUCUUCCCCUUUACCAAGGGUCCUGGACUACAUAUUAUAAUUAAAAAAAUCAGGGCUUUCCACAAGCUUCAUCAAGGUACAUUUGGCAGCUAUUUCCUCUUUCUGUGACAAAGUGGAUGGAGCCAUGAUAUUUGCCCACCCGAUGACUAAAUGCUUUCUUAAGGGCAUUGAAAGUGCCUAUCCCACAAUAAGGAACCCUUUGCCCCUGUGGGACCUCAAACUGGUCCUACAUGGGCUUAUGGAAAAACUAUUUUUGAGCCACUUGCCACAUACUCACUCCUCCACUUAUCCAUGAAGGUGGCCUUACUUAUCGUCAUUUCAUCUGCCAGAAGGCUGGGAGAACUGGGGCAUUAAUGGCACACAUCCCGUACACAACUUUCUUUAGAGACAAAGUUGCCUUAAGACCACACCCCAAAUUCCUACCCAACAUCGCCUCCCCCCUUCUUCUGAAUCAGCCUAUCUACCUACUGAGUUUUUUCCAAAACCACAUGCAGAUGGAAAGGAGGCAUCACUCCCACACACUGGUCAUUCAUCGAGCUCUAGCUUUCUACAUUGAAAGAACAAAACCAUUUAGAAAAUCUCAAGACUAUUCGUUGCUAUAUCUGCUUCUCCUAUUGAUUGUUCUAUCUCAAAAUAGAUACUAUCUAAGUAGAUAUCAGGAUGCAUCCACCUCUGUUAUCAAAACUCUCAUCUACCAGUUCCAAUGAACUCUACCAGAGUACUUUGGACAUCAGUAGCCAUCGUCAAUAAUGUCCCUAUUGUUAACAUUUGCGGAGCAGCAACUUAGGCAUCAGGCCAUACAUUCACAAAACACUAUGCCUUAGAGCAACAGUCUGCUUUGGACACUUGCUUUGGACUCAAGGUGUUAUCCGCCAUGCAUACUGCAACUCUGAAGCCACCCCUCCCCCCCCUUAAGGGGCACUGCUCAACAGUCACCUAAAGUGGAGCACCCACAGGGACACUCCUCAAAGAAGAAAAGGUUACUCACCUUGUGCAAUAACUGAAGUUCUUAAAGAUGGCUAUUCCUGUGGGUGCUGCCCAAGCCCUCCCUCCUCCCCUCUCCUUUGGAGUUUCAUGCAGUUUCCCCUGGGUAGGGCAGGAACAGAGGGACGGUUGGCUGUGCACCACUAUGUAACCACUCGGAGCAGCACAAGAUGGCAAUGGUGCAUGCACGGCCCAAUCCGGGCGCUGCAACCACAAAUAUCCGAUUACAAGUGCAGGGCCUGAAGAUACCUAAAGUAGAGCACCCGCAGGGACAACCAUCUCAGAAAACCUCAAUUACUGCACAAGGUGAGUAACCUUCUCUUUACAGAAAGAUUGAAGGGCCAAUCUGUUUCUCUGCAGUAGCUGUCAAAAUGAUUUUCAGGUUGUAUUUUGACCUGUUAGGAAAUAACUGGGAUGUAGUCCCCCAUAUGACAGUACAUUCCACUUGAGCUCAGUCCAUGUCUACUAAAAGAUGUUCCCAUAGCAGAACUGCAACUUGUUCUUCUCUUCAGACCUUUGCCAAGCCUGAUGCCACCUUACCUGCUUCCAGAGAGGACCCUGCCUUUGGUGAUGCAGUUCUCUGAACAGUUCUUGACUUACCUUCCCAGUACCCACCACCUCUUUGAAUUACUUCUUGGGAGUCUCCUAUGGGGGAGUGCCCAUAGAGACAUGUACUCUAAGAAGGAGAGGUUACUUACCUUACAGUAGCUUGUCCUUGUGGAAGCUCCACCUCCCUCCCUCCUCCUCCUCUGCUGUGGAGUCUCUGGCUUUGUUGCUGUGAAGGAACUGAGUGGUGGUGGGCUUGCCCCUGCUUAUUAUCCCCUUGUUUUCAUCACAAAGUGUUCAGUGCAGGUGUGGCCUGUAAGCACUACUUUGCAUUCUCCUUUCAAGAGCGCGUGGGCACUCGCAUCCUAUGGGGGGACAAAAACCAUCUAAAAGAAUUCAAAUUGCUGUAAGGUAAGAAACUUCUCCUUUGUUAACUUGUAAAGAUUACAUAGGGAGUCUAGCUCUUGGCCUGCAGUUUUGAGGCUUAUUGAAGUGAGAAAUGAGUGCUUUCAGGGACUUCUGUGCAACAUACCACAACUGGUGAGAAUUUUAUGCCAUUAUAUUUGGUGUAAAAACUAAGUGGGAUGUUUUGCAGAUAGAUGGGGUCAGGUGAGGACUCUAGAAGUCAGGUUCAUGUUCCAACAAAGCUUUUCAAGUCCCCAGAAUUAGAUUUCCUUACCCAGAUGUGUGGAUCUUAUGCUGUUCCUCUCUUUCCAUGGCAGAUGAUCUCUGACAACUGCAGCACUUGUUUGCAUGGAAAAAUAAUAGGAAAACCAUUUGCAUUGAAAAUGGUUAUAUAGCAGCAGUAAAUAAGGGGCCAGCGCCAUAUGAUGGGCAAGACCUAUUAGAAAAUAACUGAAUAAUUCCUUAUAUAUGUUGGAAAUAGAUUACAAGGAGUAUGAUUCAACAUGACAUGUCUGAUGUACUGAAAGUUGACAGACUUGUAAAAAUCACUUAUAAUCAUUAGCUUAAUUAGUUAAUAUUAUGCAAUUUGAAAACUUGUGUAGUUGUAGCUUGAAGUCUGAGAACCUGUGUCUUAACGGAGGUCUUACACCACAGUGUGGAAGCCAACAUUCCCCCUCCCCCCCACACACCUGUUUAGACUACAGGCAGAUUAAAAUCAUAGCUUUGGCAAAUUAUGAUAACCUUUGAGCCCAAGUAAGUCAAUAAAAACUGAUUGAGCUUCUAAGGUGUUCAUGACCAUCAGGACAGAGGCUACUGUAGCAGAGAGCCUGGAUGGAAAUUGUUUGCACUGAAUUUGGCCCUAUAUUUUUGUCUGUUACAAUACAAAAGUUGAAUUAUGACUUUGCCACUUCAUGGUCAUAUGUAAUGUGUUAAUCAGGAACUGAUAGGUAGCUUUCUUCUGGAACUUGUGCUUUUGUAUGUGACUUCUGUUCAUCUUUUGUUCCACGCAUAGGAUCAUAUUGUUUCAAGGAGGAUAACAACUAAUUACCAUCUUUGAUCAUCAGUUUCAAACUGGUUCAGUAGAUCAAACAAAUUGGAAACCAAAAGCUCUUUAAAGUGGCGAAGUAAAGAAGGGGAGCAUUGCUAUGUGAAUUCAAAACAGUUUUGAUGUUUUUAUAUUUUCAAAUCUUGUAGUAAAAAUACUAUCUGACUCUACUUUCUCUUGUGGAUAGAGCAAUUGGUAUUCCAUUUUGGUGCUUGAUCUAAGUUAAAAUGAGACCCGCAGCCUUGAUUUUUCUUUAAUAAAAUAUGUAUUUAGAAUGGAUGCUUUGCCUGUAGGUUAACAGCUGGAUCCAGACUUGAAACUGUGGAAAAUGAAGACCUGCGUGAAAAAACAA